AUGGAUGUCAAAAGCACAAACCAGAUAGAAGCAGCCAUUGAUUCCAAUUAUGACAGGAAAGCUGAAAUCAAAGCAUUUGAUGAGUCAAAAACUGGUGUUAGAGGUCUGGUAGAGUCUGGGGUCCAAAAACUCCCUCGUAUGUUCCAUUCUGGCGUUGACAUAACUGAAAACAUGGCCAGUGACCCAACGUUGAGUGUUCCUGUCUUAGACCUUGAAGGCAUACACAACAAUCCUGCUCUGCGUAAAGAAGCUGUCGCAAAAAUUCGUAGUGCGUGCCAGGAGUGGGGAUUUUUCCAAGUGGUCAAUCAUGGAAUUCCAAUUAGUGUUAUGGAUGACAUGCUUGACGGAAUCAGAAGGUUUCAUGAACAAGAUCCUGAUGUAAGGAAACAGUUUUUCUCUAGAGAUUUGAAGAGCAUAAUUCUAUAUUAUUCCAAUACUAGCAUUUUCCUAGACAAAUUUGCUAACUGGAGAGAUACAGUUGGAUGCUCUAUGGCUCCUAAUCCACCCAAACCAGAGGAAUUACCAGCAGUGUUUAGAGACAUAAUUAUUGAAUAUUCCAAGAAAGCAAUGGCAUUGGGUUGUACAAUUUUUGAGUUGCUGUCAGAGGCUCUUGGCCUUAAUCCAUCUUAUCUCAAAGAAUUGAAUUGUGCAGAAGGACUUUUCAUUCAAGGUCAUUACUAUCCCCCUUGCCCUGAACCUGAAUUAACUUUAGCCACCUCCAAGCACACUGAUAGUGCCUUCAUCACAAUACUUCUACAAGACCAACUAGGUGGUCUUCAGAUUCUUCAUGACAAUCAAUGGUUUAAUGUUCCUCCUGUGCAUGGAGCUCUUGUUGUAAACAUAGGAGAUAUUCUACAACUUAUAACAAAUGACAAGUUUGUCAGUGUUUACCACCGAGUCUUAGCAAACAAUAAAGGGCCAAGAGUUUCAGUAGCUAGCUUCUUUUCAAAUUCACAUGAUCCUGCUAAAGGUGCAUCAAAGGUUUAUGGUCCAAUUAAAGAGUUAUUAUCAGAGGAAAACCCACCAAUCUAUAGGGACACUUCAGUAGGAGAGAUCAUGGCUCACCAUUUUGCAAAGGGGCUUGAUGGGAGCUAUGCCUUACAGCCUUUCAGGUUGUGA